AUGAAGAUGAAAAUGCUACAACAAAAGAAAGAGUUCCACACAGAACACAGAUGUAUGAUCUGCUCUGCCUUCAUCCUUACUUCGGUAGUUUUUUUGUUGGCCUACAUAACAGCAGUAACUCUAUGCCAUGUUUUUGCACUGCAAGCAGAAAUCUCAGCUCUAAGAGAGGAGUUGGGAACGUACGGGUCCCAAAGGGAUCAUUUACAAGCAUUGAUGAGGAUGACCAAGGGCAUGUCAACCAACUGGAACAGUUCAGUAAAUCAGGUUAGUGAAUUUCUUGAGAGAAACUUGAGCAAUAGGGAGAAAUCAACAGAAAGAAAAAUAAAAUUUAGAGGAAGCAGGUCUCUUCCUGAACAAGUGCAGCAGUCCUGUUUGCAAUUGAUUGCUAUGAAUGAUCAAAUGCCACUUAUGAAAGCAAAUGAUUGCCCGAGGCAUUUCUUUGGAAAGCCACAACCAAUCUGUAAAGUUGAACGAAGAUUUGUUUUAAACAAGGGUGGUAAACAAGAGACCGCAAUCCCUUGGAUUCUCAGUUUGAAAAGAGGAGAUGCUCUUGACAAAGAGGGUAACAAGAUCUCAGUCAAAGAAACUGGCUACUUCCUGGUGUACAGUCAGGUUUGGUAUAAAGACAAUACUUUUACAAUGGGACAUUUUAUCCAGAGAAGAAGGGCCAGCAGUGUGGGCAAUGAGCCACGGACUGUAAUUCUAUUUCGAUGCAUCCAAAACAUGUCUGCCUGCUGUCCAAACAGUUCUUGCUUCACAGCUGGUAUUGCAAAACUUGAAGUGGGAGAUGAACUUGAACUUGUGAUACCUCGAACUCAAGCACAAAUUGCCCUAACUGGUGAUGGGACAUUUUUUGGGGCAAUAGAACUACUCUGA